AUGAGCAACGUCCAGACCAUGAUCUGCUUAGGCUUGGGAAAACGAGAGCCUCAACGAAAGUCCCAACGCACAAAUUGUUUUGAUGUGCAGUACUCGGCAUUCGUGUACAUGUGGGAGAAGGUUGACGAGAAAUGGAGGGACGAGUGCGCAUCGAGAGGCAUCAACUACGAGCCAGUCAAAAGAUAUCUCCAAGACCCUGAUUUCGACAUGGAGACGACAUACCUGUUGCGUUCAAUACCGCGUCAGACCGACCCAACGACCAACAACAUCAUAUCCGACCCGGCGGCAUCUGAUAUGCUCAGGAACAACAAAGACACCUUCGUGUUCGCACCCCACUUGAACUGCAACAUCUGGCCUGAUUUCUUGGCUCUUCGUCCGCAGGUCUUCAUUGGCAAUAGCCCCAAUGCUACCUCCGGCCGAGAUCAGGCAUAUAUCGAGACUUACAUCCAAGAAAGUGCGGUUCGCAAUAGCAGUGAGGUGGGGCCACGGUUCCGUGCUUUGCAGAACGGGUUUAGCGCAACGGACACAGAGUAUCGUCAGACAGUAUUGGACCAAGGUCCUGUAGAUCCGGAGCACCUCGCCGGACUGACGAUUUAUCAGCGUUAG